GAGUGUCCUUAUCUAGAAUUCCAAGAAGUCUAUGUUUCAUCUUUGAUUGAAUCUUUGCAAUGAAAGAAUCAAAAGUAUUAUUGUUAAUUAGUAUCUUGAUCUACUUCUCAUCGUUGACGGAAGAAGCUUAUAUAGCUCACAGAGGCAAGUGCCCGGAUGGUUAUCAGGAAGGAGACAAAUGGCCAUGGGGUGAUACAUGCGCAGUAUGUUCUUGUUAUACCGAUCACUGGGCGUGUGAAUCAUGUGGAGUUCCACUUCGUGCUUACAACUGCUAUCUGGAAUCGAACACAGACGCCCUGUAUCCGGGAUGCUGUCCUCAACUAGUUUGCAAGGGAGAUGACAACUUUAACCAAACUAAAUUUACUAUCCUUGGAUAAUAAAGCAUUUUACAAUGUUAUUAGAGAUUUAUCUUUAU